UGAAAAGUUAUUAGAAGCAAAGACGAGAAGAUAUUUACUGCUACAUACGCGCUGCGUACAGCUAAACCUUAAGUGAGCAUACAGUUCCAUGAAUGUAAAGACCAUCAUUCAUCAGAUGGCAGAGAAGGGACAGUGUUUCAUUCCUGAGAAUGUGGAAGACUAGUGAGGAUCAACACAUCGUUCAGUAUGCACAGAUCUCUCAGCAGCAGUUGCCCUAGUGAGUUGAAAAACAGUCAACACGCAGACGAUCGCACAUUGUCGCUUCAGCUCUGUCAGAUCGACUUACGAGACAAAACAGGGUGUCCUAAACAAAAACAACUAGCAGAAAAGCUGAAGUCUGAUCUUGAAAAGCAGUGUUCUAAAAGAAAGACAGAUGUUCUACAAAGAUUUUAUCCUUCUCUUCAGAACAUCUUAAAACUGAACUUAAAGUCAAGGACCUCCAGCAUCAGUUCCUGCUGGCACUAAAAGUUGUUAUUAAAUCAUUCGAGACAUUUCCUGUUUCUCUUCAACGCUUUUGUCAUUUUCUAUCCCAACUAACUCUGCCUGGAAAAAAGUACCAUUCAGUUGUCGAUCCAGAGACACACAAGAAUGCUGCAAGUACACCUGAGGUUUUCAAGGCACAAGCCAGCCUCUGGAACUGCUUCAGUCCCCACCUUCUAAUGAUGAUCUCAGAGGGAUGUGAGUGUCCUGCUGCUAUCCAAGCAAUGAAAGAUUUUGCUCAAGUUCGAAGCAGGUUUUCCAGCUUCGUUAUAUCUGAACAGAUAUACUGUCUUCCUGAAGACAGGAAAAGAUGAUCCACCAAUCAUCUCUUCACAAAUACCACUCCUGCCCCCUUUCUGAGCUCCAGGCACUUUACUCCAAUGUUUUUGAAUGUAUCGAUGAACACAAGAGUACAACCCUUCCAACGACUAUUAGAAUUACUGCUGAAGUCGAUCGGCCUUUCCUCACUCUUCAAGACUAUGAUGACAUCACUACUGCUGUUUGUGGCUACUUCCACAUCCCUCAGGUAGCUCUAGUGUAUGCCGGUUGCUAUGAAGAUGGUCAUGUGAUCUGCUGGACCACAUUUGCUGGUAUUUUGCCAUACUUAAGAGGUGUUCCUCCCAGUAAGGGAUCUGAUCGGCUUAUGGCAGAGCAGAGAAUAGUACAAAUUGCUGCUGGAGACCUGUACUACCGGUGCACAAAUAUUCAGGAAGUAGAGCUUUUUGAAGCAUCACUCUAUGGACUAACAAAUAGAGUUCAGAAUCUGGUGGAGCAGAUUGCUUCUGUAGAUUUUGUGUCAAAGAGUGGCUGGACUCCACUUAUGGUGGCAUCAUUCAAAGGAUAUGCUGAUAUUGUUCAAAUUUUGAUUGAAGAAAAGACGCCAAAGAUUGACAUUAAAGAUAAGAAUGGCUGGGCUGCUCUUCACCUAGCUGCUCUCACUGGCAGAGUUGAUGUGGUGAAGCUGUUGAUAAAAGCACAAGCAAAGAUAAACAUACAGGCUGAGGAUGGUCAGACAGCUCUCUAUAUUGGCAGCAGAGAAGGACAUACAGAAGUUGUUGAACUACUUCUUGAGCGGCAUGCAGAUUGCAGUUUAUGCCACAAAGAUGGAUCAACUCCACUGAUGAUAGCAUCAUAUAAGGGGCAUGCUGAUAUUGUAAAGAAAUAUAUUAAGGCAACUAUAGAACAGAACAAUUUCCAAAGAGAGGAUGGUUGGACAGCUUUACACCUGGCAGUUCAUGAAGGUAAAAUUGCUGUAGUAAAGCUCCUAACUGAUGCUCAUGCUGAUGUGAAUGCUGAAACUGAGGUAACUUUCACUCUCUAUAGUUUUGUUUGGUUUAAAAAAUAGUUCUAUUGUGGUGUGAUGAAGAAAGAAGCCCCUUAACUCUCAGAUCUACGAGCUUUUUUGUGGCGCCACAUGAACACAAUAAAAACUCCCAGUUUCGGUCAAAAAAGAGAUCUGUGGCAGUUUAAUACAAAGGGGUAUAGAUUAUCACCGAUUCAGUUUUCAGCGUUUACCAAUGGACUGUUGAGGAAGGCUGACCUUGGAGGAAAAGACAAAAGUAAAGCUGUUGUGAGCUGAAAGUAUUUGGAUGGGGCAAGUGAUGCCAGGCCUAGUUUAAUAUUCAGGCACACGUGUGCACUGAAUCAGGGGCUGUGUAGGAACAGAGCGAGGGAAAGGACGAAGGAAUUCCUGUUUUGUGAUGAUGAGUGUUAACGUCGUGUUUACUGAAGUGUAGUAGCCUUAGGAACAGUUAACUUGGGGAAGCUUGGGGACCCUUGUCAAUGAUAGUAUAAGGUUUGUGUUGCACAGUCGAUAGAGGAUUAAUGUUAUCUGCUUGACCCCAUAAUUGGUUAGUAGCUAAGAAAGGUUAGGUAAUAAUUAUGGUGAUAAUCUUAGCAUUAAAGUCUCCGGGGAACUGCGGGUGUUGCUGAUGGAGGGGAUUGCUAGGGUGUACGUAGCCAGGUAAUUCAGACACCAGCAGUAACAAAUGUUUGUGUAGAAUUGUUUCCACUCAUCACUCUGGUUACCUUGUCUAUUGUUCUGUAGCUAUGGCUGCCACCUGAGAAUCUUUAUGGACCCAGGGAUUUUUUUGUUUUCUCCUUGAUAGCUAUAGAAAGUGAAAGUAAAUUAACUAAAGGCUGUGAUUACUAAUAAUGCAAAACACUCUUGGUACAAUAGCGAAUGUAAAUAUUAAGAGUGCAUGUUGAGCUUAGCGUGAAUAUACAGUUCCUACAGCCCUGUUUUGACUGCCUAUCCAAAUUGGAGGAACGUUACUCGUAUUAGCCAAUAUCAUUGCAUUUAUGUAUGUAGCUCAGAGGAUAUCUGUGUCCUUGGAUCGGAUCACCUAUUGUUUUUUUACCUUCAGGAUGGGCAGACUCCACUCUACAUUGCUAUCAGAAAAGGACAUGCAGCAGUUAUGAAAAUACUGCUCAAGAAAUAUGCUGACAUCGCUCUCUGCACCAAAG